ACACGCGCAUAGCCAAGUGAGUUUUGUACGAUUUUCUUUAUCAGUUCUCAACGAGCAAUUAAACGAAGUCGUUCACCGGCUAGGCCAAACGUAUUUUAUGAACCUUCCAGUCUUAUCUUCCGAUAGAUUGGUGACACUCCGACCGAACGGUGCAGCUCUAUUGCGUGGAAAACGAGAGAAUAAGAACUCCAAUAUACUUUAUACCUACAUAUAUCUUUAUAAAACUAUACAAUAAGCCGUUGUUUUUUUUUUCGUUUACCAUUUUUGUCUCGUAUAUACUCUCGUUUGGUCUGCAGUGUGCAUGUGAACGAUGCUAUAUUUCGUACUCGGGUCUCCGUGCACUGCCGCCGUCUAUCGUCGUGUAAACGUGCGCCGGCAAACGUCUUCAGCGCUGUAUCGUCUCGCCCGGUCGCAUUAACCACCUCCUGCCACAGACACCACGUCGUCAGCUGAACUUAUCGUUCUCCAGACCGCAACGGAAUUUUCGACAAUGGAGGUUGGUUUUAUAGUUAAAAUGGGAGUGGCGAUGAUACUGCUUUGUAUGGCUAAGACAACAAACUCAAAAUUACAUGAUGAUCUGCUAACGACUGAAGCAAUAUGUCCCAAACAAUGUGCUGUUUGUUCUUCCAUCGAGAUGCUCUGUUCUGGUGCCAACAUCACCGAUGUCCUAAACUAUAAUAUGGAUCCUCAAAUAGAAAAUUUAGAUUUUUCAAACAUGACAUUGGACUUUAUUCCACUUGAAGUAUCACACAUGACUAAUUGCAAGAAACUUAAUCUAUCCACAAAUAAUAUCCAAAAAAUUGAGAAGAAUGCUUUACAAAACUUAUGGAAUCUCGAAGAUCUGAUAUUGAGUAAUAACUCUAUUAUAAACAUUGCUGAUAUAAAUCCUAGUGAAUUGUUUAACAAUACUAUAAAUAUCAAACGUCUAAACUUAUCGAAUAAUCAUAUCACUGAUCUUGGUCAAAACUAUAGCACAAUAUUGAUCAGUGAAUCGCUAGAAGUAUUAGACGUUAGUCAUUGUAAAAUCUUUUCAUUAGUUGGAAAAUUUGUACUCAGUGGACUCAAAAAACUGAGAUACUUGAACUUGUCAAAUAAUCCAUUAUUAGUAUUCAAUGAAUUGUCUUCGAACUCAAUCACCACGUUGAACUUACGUGGUUGUCUCCUUGUCCAGCUUAGCGAUGAUGCUCUGAGUGGAUUUACAAAUCUUGAACUAUUGGAUACUAGCUUAAACGACCAGCUAUUUAUCGACAAUCCAAUACAAUCCAAGUCGCUCAAAACGUUUGACAUUUCACAGUGUUCAGUGCGCAUACCAAAUAUAGAUGGUAUGCUUCAAGUUAGAACUGUAUUUAUGAAUAACAACCGUAUUAAAAGACUUACAGCUUAUCAAUUUGCCAAUAAUUCAAAACUAAUUAAUUUGGAUCUACACGAAAACCAUAUCGAAACUGUGGAUCCGUUGGCAUUUUACGGCUUGUCAUCACUUCUGAUUUUGGAUUUGUCUACAAACUUUAUCGUAGAAAUCUCUUGGGAAUCAGCCUUGGCUACAUUGCCGGUCCUGGAAUCAUUGAACCUUUCGUUCAACUUCAUCUCUCAGGUUGGACGGCUGAAAUCGAACUCUCUCCGCCGACUGAACUUCGAUCACUGUUGGAUCCAUUCGAUUCCGAAUGGAGCAUUCGUUCAACUAGAGAAAUUAAACGAACUCAUCAUAUCCAAUAACCCGUUGCAAAUGUUAUUACCUGGUAGUUUCAAUUCGUCGCACCUAUCGUUUUUGGAUCUUAGUUAUUGUCGAAUUUCACAUCUGAUAUCAUACGAGUUUGUCAACUCGCCUAAUCUUACCGAAAUACGAUUAACUGGGAACCGUUUAGUCGCUUUAAAAAAUGGCACGUUUAAUAAAUGCACUAAGCUGAAAUACGUUGAUUUGGACGACAAUCCAUGGAUGUGUGAUUGUUACAGCGUUGAUUUCGUGUACAUGGCUAUACUGGCAAAUAAAACUACCAAACAUUCUCCAAUUGACAGGACGCCAAGCUGCCUGACCCCAGACAACGUUACCGGAAUGCUGUGGCACGUGGCGUGCGUCAACAGCCCCGUGUAUACCCGGGACAACCGGAAGAACUUCUCGAUGGCCAUCGGCGUCAUACUCAUACUGUGCGUUUCCGGACUGAUGGCCAUAUUCGUGGCCGUCCACGAGAACAUGAAGACCCGGCAGAUAAUGCGCAGACGCCGGCAGCUGGACGAGUACGGCAACCCCGACCGGUCCGGCGGCGUGGGCUCGGCGGGACCGGACGAGUACUUCGACGAGUACGCAGCCGCUGCGGAGUCAGCGCGCAAGAUGUCGCAGCUGCCGUCGUACGACGAGGCGGUCAUGUUGCCCAAACCGCCGCAGGAACCCCGAUGGACCAAACGGCACAGCUGCACGCAGACGGACGACGCGGACGUGAGGGCCGCCCCUGUGUCGCCGGCCGCUAGCGGUGGGGUCUACUUGCUACUGCCGCCGCCCAACGGGUUACACGUCACCGAACUCUGACCCGUCUGGCAAACUAUUAUCCACUCUCCCAUAACCACCCAAAGCCACUCCCCUCUUAUCGCCCGCACACCCACACAUUCAACAUCAAGACUAUGAUCACUCGUUUCGUUUUAUACGUUUCAAAACAAAGACGCCCCCCCCCCCCCCCCCGACACGUGUAUUUGAAAAAUAUCAACCGUUUGCUGAUACUCGCCACGUAGCGGGAACAGAUUCGUACUUACACGUAAUGUGACGCGAAUCAAAGAAAUACAUUAUUAUAGCAUAUUCGUCGAGUACACGAGUGGUGAGAACGGUCCGGAACAAAUUAUCGUCGAAUAAUAAAAUUAUAUAAUAUAUAUUUUACUUACUCGUAAUUUUAUAAUCUCAAUUUAUAUAAGUAAGUGAUAGAU